GUCGGCAGUCUGACACAGCUGCAUCCGGUCGCACUCCUGCACAGAAGUUUGCGGCUUUUUGUGUCACUAACCUGCCCCAGAAAAUGAAGCCGGUCACGGUAACAGCUUCGCUAAACUCCGCCGAAACAUUAAACGAAUGAACCAUGGUGCCAUUAAAGCGAAGAAAAGUCGUCUCCUCGGCUGUGGGGAAUAAUAAUGCUGCUGACCACAGUGGAGGCAAAGCGCCAACCAAGUUCCCUCAGGUCGUUUUAUUCCUGUUGGAAAGAAAAAUGGGAGCCAGCCGAAGAGCUUUCCUCUCUCAGCUCGGCCGAAAGAAAGGAUUUCAAGUGGAGGAGCUGUUCAGUGAAAACGUCACACACGUCAUUUCUGAAAACAACUCUGGCGAAGAGGUCAGGACGUGGCUGGACUCACAGGGCGGCGAUCGAGGCCCGACACCGGUUCACCUUCUGGACGUCAGCUGGUACACGGAGAGCAUGCGCGCAGGCCGUCCUGUCCAGGUCCUGGACAGACAUAAACUACAGAAGCAGCAGAUUGAUGAAGCAGAGGUUGUGGUGUUCUCAGUACCCAGCUACGCCUGUCAGAGAAGAGCCACUCUGGACAACCACAACGCCAUCCUCACUGACGCUUUGUCGGUUCUGGCUGAAAACGCUGAGCUCAGUGACGAAGACGGACGAGGUGUCGCGUUUCGACGGGCCGCCGCCGUGUUGAAGGCCCUCCCCAAACCGGUGACUCGUAUGACACAGCUCAGAGGGCUUCCCUGUCUCGGAGAACAUUCACUGAGAGUCAUCAGAGACAUUUUGGAGAACGGCGCGUCGACCGAGGUCGAAUCCAUGAAGCAGUCUGAGCGCUUUAAAGCUUUAAAGGUUUUAACAGGGAUUUUUGGAGUUGGAACAAAAACAGCCGACCGAUGGAUCAGAGAGGGGAUCUACACUCUGCAGCAGCUACGAGAUUCAGGACAGACACUCAAUCGAGCACAACAAGCAGGUCUGGAGCACUACGUCGAACUCAACCAGCCCGUCACUAAGGCGGAGGCUGAUGCUGUCGGAGAGAUCGUGGAGAGAGCCGUCGUCUCCGUGUUACCGGGAGCACAGAUCACUCUGACCGGGGGAUUCAGGAGAGGAAAGCUGACAGGUCAUGAUGUUGACUUCCUGAUAACCCACCCAGAGGAAGGCAGGGAGGAGGGACUGAUGUCUAAAGUGGUGUCCUGGCUGGAGUCACAGGGUUUCCUGUUGUACCAGAAAACUACAAGGAACUCUUACCUGGAGUCUAAGGACGGUCCUGCUCGGCCUCCCUCCAACAUGGACCGCUUUGAGAGAUGUUUCUCCGUCUUUAAACUCGCCAAGGAGGAGAAACGAAAACAUCCAGGGACACUGACAGAGAAUGCAGAGGACACAUGCCGUCCUGGAGCCCACAUGCAGGUAGAAGGAGCAGAGUCUCGUCUGCAGACAGGCGAGACUUCACAGAGUCAGGUCCAGACCGGAGAACAGAGACACCUGGUGGAGACAAAACCUGCUGGACACAAACCGUGGAGAGCUGUGAGAGUGGACCUGGUGGUUUCUCCCAUCAGCCAGUUUGCUUUUGCUCUGCUGGGCUGGACCGGAUCCAAGCUGUUUGAGAGAGAGCUGCGACGUUGGGCGGGGCAUGAGAAGGCCAUGUCUCUGAGCAGCCAUGCUCUGUAUGACAACACGCAGAGUAAGUAUCUCAGAGCUACGUCAGAGGAGGAGAUAUUCGCUCAUCUUGGUCUGGAGUUCAUUCCACCGUCAGAGAGAAACGCCUGAUGAGAAGCUGCUGCAGGAGGCCAACCAAGUACCAUGUGAGCACUGUAACCUGGGAGGGGGCGGGGUUUAUCAGACUGAGACGCUGUAUGUUCAUCAUAUGAUUCUACAUAUGAUGGAGAGUCAUCGAUCACCUGUCAGAGAGGUGUUUCUGUCAGUCAGCUUAUCCCCACUCAUAUAAACGGGGUGGGCAAAAUAAUAGGAACACCUGUCAGUAUAAUGCAACAUGCAUCAGCACUACAGAGUACAUCCAUGAAAAGGAUCAUACCGUUUAUCAUAACCUUCAUGCAGGAGGACUUUUUAUAUGACUGUUUAUCAGACAUGGAUCUUUGAUUAAAGAUUCAAACUGAGAUCAUAACCGCUGUGAAUUUACUUUCACCUCCGUGAUACGAGCGUUAGAGGGUGUUUUUAAUCUGCUGAAUCCUUCAGUCUGUGCUUGCACUGAUUUAUUUUACAAUAAAAGAUGUGAGAAUUAA